UUAUGUUCCUUUUUCCCUUUACAGAUUUCCAUAUUGUCUUUGGUUGAUGCCUUUUAGCCAAGAUGUCAGUGAAUCCUAUGGCAUAUGAAGCUCAGUUCUUUGGUUUUACCCCUCAGACGUGUAUGCUUAGGGUCUACAUUGCAUUUCAAGACUACUUGUUUGAAAUGAUGCUGGUUGUGGAAAGAGUCAUUCUGAAGAAACUAGAAGGCUUUCCUAACUCUAAGAUCAGUCCAUUCCAAAUCCGUAAGAGCACAGAGAAAUUUCUUCUCUUUAUGAAGGAGCGCUUUGAUCAUCUCUUCGGCAAAAUGGAACAAGUGCUUUUGCAGUUGGUGUUAAACAUCCCUAAAAAUGUUUUACUUCCUGAAGACAAGGUCCAGGAGCAGUACCCCUACAGUAAGGAACAGUUUCAAAUGCUGCAAGGUGAAAUUGAUCAACUACAGAAACAAUACAAAGUUGAAGUGUCUGCUAGACAGGCACUUUUAGCAGAGCUUGAAGAACAGAAAGUGGUUCAGACAGAACUUGAGAAGAUUCUCCAGUGGUUUGAUGGGCUAGAGAACAUAUGCAGAGAGCACGGGACUAGCAAUUUAAAGGAGAGCUUUGCAUUCUUGACACAAACUUCUAAGAAAUUGCAAGAUAUACUAAAAGAAGUUGAAAAGAAAAACAAAAGAUUGCCAAAAAGUAAUCUCCAUGUAGUGUAAAUAAAAUACUGAAAGGGUAACAGAGAAACAAGACAAUUUCUCAGGAUUUCUCCAGAAGCAUUUUAAGGUUUUGAGGAUUUUGUCACCUCUUCCUUGCCUUAUCAGUUUUUUACAAAGCUGAUGUGUGUAAAUAUUCUGGGAAACCAUUUUCCCCUCCUGAAUUCUAUAAAUACCGCAUAGAAACUUCUUUAAAAUAACCAUAUCCCCUAGGAAUGUUUAAAUUAAUUAUCCAAAUGGUAGCAGUGCAGAUGCAAAAUAAGUGCAUUGUCAUUACUUCAAUUCUCUGUAUUAGUACAUUUAAGCAACCUUUGAGGUUAAGGUGCUUUUAACCUAUUCUACAUUAAGGUAUUUUUUGGACGUCAAGGGUUAUCAUUAUUGGAAUAUUCCAUAUAGAAACGUAAGAAUGUGACAUAGUAAAACUUAGGGCUUGAGGAGAAAUAAAUUUAAUAAUGUUGGAGUUGGAAAUAAUUUAGACAUUGGUGAGUGAU